GGCUUUUACUCUGAAGGCAAAAGCACCUCAGCCUUGCCGUGGUUGCAAGCUGCUCGCUUGACGCAUCUCUCUCUCUUCUCUCCUCUCUUGCCUCUAUCUCUCUCUACCCCGCCGUCAUCCAGCUCGGUGCCGCUGCCUCGUUAAACCUGGAGCCGCCGUCAGGAAGGAUUAGCUGCCUGGUUACCAGAGAGAAAAUCAGAUGACAUUUAAAAAAAUAAAAUAAUUGAAAAAAAAAAAGCCGGAUUUUUAAGAAGGUAGUUUUUCCAUGGAAGACAGAGUGGAAGGAGACCAACUCAGAGAGAGGAUUGCAUUCACAGUCUGUGCAAGUGUGAGUGUGUGGUAGUCACAGAGUGUGUGUGUGUGUGUGUGUAUGAGUGUGCGCGCCUUGGACUCCCACUCAGUGAUGUAAAACGUGAAGGUGGAUUUUGGCAUGUGGAGGAGCAGGUAAAAAGGGCUUGUUCGUGAUGGUGCUCUGUAUGGACAAGAAGCUGUGCCAUGACAGAGGGCAACGUGGGUAAAAGAGACAUGCGACACCCAGCCCCGCACCACUGCCACCUCAUCCUGGGCGGGGCCUUGCUGCUUCUCCUGGCCAGCUCAGCUCUGAGCUGCCCCGCCCGAUGUGAGUGCUCUGCCCAAAGUAAAUCGGUCAGCUGCCACCGCAAGCGCCUGCCCACUAUCCCUGAAGGCAUCCCCAUUGAGACACGCGUCCUAGACCUCAGCAAGAACAAACUACGCCUCAUCACGCCGGACAACUUCUCUUCAUUCCAGCAGCUGGAGGACCUGGACCUCAGUGACAACCUCAUCAGCGUGGUUGAGCCCAACUCGUUUCGUUCUCAGCUCGCCCUCCGCUCGCUCAACUUCCGCAGUAACUUGCUUCAGCUGGUUCCCAUUGGCGUCCUGUCGGGCCUGACCAACCUCACCCGCCUCGACCUCAGCCACAACCGACUGGUGGUUCUCCUGGAUCAUGCCUUCCAAGACCUGCGCAAGUUGACGUCUCUUGAAGUGGGCGACAACGAACUUGUUUUCAUCUCUCAACGGGCCUUUACAGGAUUAUUUGGACUCCAAAGUCUGACCCUGGAACGUUCCAAUCUGACCGUGGUCCCUACUGAUGCUCUGGCACAUCUGCACAGUCUGGUCGAACUGCGCAUGCGCUACCUGAGCAUUAGUUUUCUAAAGCCUUACUCCUUUAAGAGGUUAUCUCGCCUGCGCCGACUAGAGAUUGAUUACUGGCCCUGGUUGGACACACUGCCUCCCCACUCACUGCACGGACUCAACCUCACAAUGUUGUUCAUAACCAACACUAACCUAUCUGCCUUCCCCGGCGCAGCGCUGCGCAACCUGCCCUACCUCACACAUCUCAACUUGUCCUACAGCCGAAUCCAGCAUAUCCAUCAGGGAGAGCUGGGCCAACUCCCAUGCCUGCUAGAACUCCGCCUCCAAGGGGCUCAGCUGGUUUCUAUCGAGCCCUUUGCUUUUGCGGGCCUCAAAUCUUUGCAACUGCUGGAUGUGUCACAGAACCGCCUGGACUCUCUGGAGAGGGGAGUGUUUGCCUCACCAGACAGCCUCCAGAGGCUUUGUCUGGGAGGGAACCCAUUAGUGUGCGACUGCAGAUUGCUUUGGCUGCUCACUAGCCACAAGCCCCCCUCUCUGCAGAUUCUGGACGUCCAGCCUGAGUGCAGCGCUCCCGAGCACCUCCUGGGGAAAACUCUGCGUGACCUCAAAGAACCUCUGGUGUCCAGGUACAUGACCUGCACCAAGCCAAGAAUUGGACCCAACACGACACAGCUGCUGAUGGCUGAUGAGGGUCAGCCAGCCCGCCUGAGCUGCAUGGCAGAGGGAGCACCUCGACCCUCUGUGGUCUGGAUUACACCUCACAGACGCUACAUCACAGCCAAGAGCAGUGGUAGGGUGGAAGUCCAACCAGAUGGUACCCUGGAGAUCAAGGCAGCAGAGCUGCAUGACAGCGGGGUGUACUUGUGUAUUGCCAGUAACCCUGCUGGCAACGCUAGCCUGUCAGCCUCUUUAGCUGUGAAGAGCCUGGGCAUCGGGGACAGAUCUCACUAUAGCAACAGGAGCUCAAACUAUCUGACAGACUCUAACAGCACAUGGGGGAAUGGGACUGUACUGUACAACAUGACAGUCCCCAUAGACAUUAAGACUAUCAUCAUAUCUACAGCCAUGGGCUGCCUGUCCUUCCUAGGUGUGGUCGUAUUCUGCUUCCUGCUUCUGUUCGCCUGGAGCCGAGGGAAAGGACGCCAUAAGAGCAACUUUGAUAUCGAAUAUGUCCCUCGCAAAUCCAACGGGGCAGCCGCUGAGGUGACAGAAACAAGUGGCCCAAGACGGGUCAACAUGAAAAUGAUUUGAGAAUGAUGCAGACUGAUGCAUAUGAUAGCAACGUCAACAACACAGUGCACACAUAUCAGCUGAAAAAAAAUGUUUUUUUCUAUGACACAGUGGAUUUGUGACAAACGAAAGUGAUGUACUGUUAUAGUGGGUGUCAAUAUGACAGUGAUCUAGUGAUAAAGUGGACGUGUGAAUAUAAAAGUGAUAUAUGAAACCGUGGACGUGUUUAUAUGAAAUAAUGUUCUCAUACAGUACAUUGAAUAUAAUACUAUAACCAACAUAUCAAUAUGGGAGUGAUAUAGUGCUGCACUAGGCAUGUGUUUAAGUGGUGAUGUGAUGAGUAAUGAUGUUGUCGACUCACCGUGACAUCAAGGUGAAGGAGGGAGCUGCCGGGAGUGACAGGGGACAUCUUCGCGUGGCAGUAGAGCUAUCAUCGCUGCAACAUGUCAGGACUAAAUUGUCUAAUACCCAUCUUAGCUGCAGUGUGAAAGGGGGUGUGUUGUGUUCAUGUGUGCGCGCAUGCGUGUAUGUGUGCGUGCAUUGGUGUGCGCAUGUUGCAUUCGUGUGUUUCUUUGUGCAUGUGCACGCAUUGCCUUUCUUGUCGGACGGAACAAUUAAAACGAAUGAUAGGGUCCAAAGCAUUUUUCCAGGCCUUUGUUCUUGUUGGGUCAUUGUUAACAACAGUUUUGUCACUGUUGAGUAAAAAAAAACAGAGGAUAAUCUGUGUUUGUAUGCAAAAUCACAAUUAUCAUAUUCAAGAGAAAUGCUGCAUAAAUUUUGAAAUAGGUCAUUGUCCCCCUUGGAAUGACUCCAACAUUUUCUGAACUCAAGGAAAUGUUAAACACACACACAGUAGAGCCUUGUCUCUACCAUAGAGCUCACUUUCUUGAGAAAUAGCAGUGGUCAGUGGUGUUAUUACUCCGGAAAAGCUUCCAGCUCUAGAAAUGGCAUGUUAAACCCGUUUUAUAACACAAUAAAUCAUGGGCAGAUUUUCCUGCCAGACAAAUCCCUUGAUAUGAUAUAAAAGAGUCGGUGACCAGACACAAUGGCAAAGAUUUACUGGCCGGUGUCCUUUUUUUGGACAAGACAAAGUUGAGCUUCACAGAUUUAUGGGUUGAAUCUCCCCCUCCUAUCGCAUUUUUCUUUGAUCGCACCACUUCAAGCUAGCGUGUCCGGGUUCUUCCCUAGGGGCACCAAGGGGUUCUGGGUAUUUAAUAAAUGGCAAUUUGAAAGUUGUAGUGCAAUCUUGUAUUGUUUAGGUUUUUUGUUGAAAAUGUUUUCAAUGUUUAGAAAAAAAAGAAAAAAAAGAAAAUUAAGGGCAAUUCUUUGUAUUGCAGGGACGUGGGUGUUAAACUUGUGUUAUCCUGUUGUGAUAAAAUGUUCAAGGUUGUAUAAUUGUUUUCAUAUGACAAAUUUAUGGGUAUAUUUUCAAAUUGAAAUAAAUCUUAAUCAUACCCCUAAGAUUGGAGUUCCAGUAGUUUAAAUUUUGUUUAAAAUCUGAACAGGUUUUAAAUUAUUUAUAAAUCAUAUUAUUAUUAUAUUACUCAUUAUUUCUAUUUCUAAUAUCACUAUUAUAUAUAAAAAUGUCACUAAAGUAACUCAUUAUAUUUCUCUGUCACUGAGUAUUGUAUUAAUACAGCACAGUCCUGACUUUACCAACUUUGCCCUGAUUUUUGCUUCUGAUAUCAUGUCAUAUAGUAAAUAUUUUUGUUGUAGCUACUCAGUGGGUUUAUAGUAUUUUUCCUCAUGUGCUCACUAUAAUAUGGGGAGAAAGUGAUUUGUCUGUUUACUGUAUGUGUCCUCCUUACAUUCUUGCGGGCUGAGUAUAUGUGUCCUGUCCGAAAGGAUAAAAAAGCUAAUAAAAGAGGAACUGAUGUGUCUACAAGUUAGGUUUUACAGGUAUAAAUGCACAUGUCAAGCUUAAACACUGCAUUCAUUAUCUUAACUGAUAAGAAUUUUAAUUUGUUAAAGUUGUUGGUUUAUGACCAAACACCAAUUAGUCUCAGCCUGACUUUGUGCCUAGCACUCACUAGCAAAUGUUGGCAUGCUAGCACACAAAACUAAGAUAAUGUACAGAGUGAAAAUUAUAUCAGCAUAUAUUGCAAGUAUGUUUGCAUGCUGACAUUAGCAUUCAGCUCAGAGCAGCACUGCCCCUAUAGAAUGGUGCAGAGAUGAUGUAUUGUUGUAGGCCAGCCUGGAAGUUAGCAUCAUGGGAUGGGAUUUUUUCAUUGGUUUUUGGAUUAUUGCAGAAAAUUAGUUUGAUAUACUUUCACUGUUAAUGUAUUUGAAGCCCAAAUACAAUCGCCAGAAGUAAAAACUAAUGUUAGGCUAUAAGCAAAUUACACCACUGUCACAUGACAGUAAACAUCACUACCACUAAGCUUCCAACUUGUAAUUUAAUUUAGCGCUAACCUUUUUUUCAAAAAGCCUUUUUACAAGUUAGUGAUAGUUUGCAAGAGAGUGAGUAUAGUAUGUAAAGGCAGACAUUUUUUGUGUACAGUUCUAUGAUGUUAACAAUCUCUGUAGUCUCAUUUAGCCUCUUCUUAGCAACCACCUAUUUUAAGACAUUUGGGGUAUUUUCUGACAUAUAUUAUGUUGUAGAAUAAAACUUUAAAAUGUCUUGA